CACUAGAACACUCGGCUCGCACGUAGAAAACAAAAAGUAGCAACUUUCUGCAAAGUAAAUAAGUGGAAAUACGGUUUUUGCCACGCAAUGAACAACGGACCGAACGAUGGUGCUUCCUUGCACCGUGGUCGUGGCGCCGCCCACCUGGACAGGGCCGCCACUGGCGUGGCAAUAAGCAUUGACAGCGACAACGAUGACAAUGAGUCAACGACAGCUGAGCAUGAUUACCUGCUGCCAGCGCCUACGCCGCCCUCGUCGCUAGUGACCUCGGCACAGCCAUUGAUGGGGCCAAGUGCAAGUACAACCAUUAAUUUGGAGCAAACCAAUCAGCAGCCGGCGCGCAGCAGCAGCGUCAGUGGCGGCCGUGCGAGUAGCAGCAAUAUACUGUCCACGCUCCUGGCCCGGCAACGAUCCUUUACGCCCGUCAGCAGCACACCUAUGCGCGUGACCUCGCAGGUGAACCGCCGUCUGCAGCAGUCGCGCAGCGUGGGCGCCAACAGCGGCAGCCUCGAGGAGCCACCAGCACAACCAGCAUCUAGCGCUGCAUCGCCGGCGAAUGUACGGCAGCUGGGCUUCUGGCGUGUCAACUUCAACGAAAUGUUCUCACUGUCCACGGCACCCUCAACCGAGGCGUUGCGUUCGUUCAUUGCACAUUCCAAUUUUCGCUAUCAGCAACCGACAACCGGCAAUGCCGUGCCGCCAACAAGCGCUCCCGUUCAAGGUGACAAUACGCAUAUUUUGCUAAACCAGAAUCAGCCGCCAAGCCAGAAUGAGCCGGAGGCCAGCACUAGCGCGUCCAUACCCACGCGCUCGAGCGCCUACAACAGCGCCGGCAUGGGCAGAAGCAUUUCGCUGCGCGAGGGGGAAAUGCAACAGGCGCGUCAUAGCCUAACAGGUCGCCACAAUGCCAGCGUGAUUGGCCUGACAACGCCGGCAACGGCGAGCAUCAAUCCACCUGCCUAUGAUGCCACGCUCUCCGAUCCGCUCGCUGCUGCUGAUGCCGCCUCCUCGGGCGCCAUCAAUGCAGCGACGUCGGAUGGCGCCGGCAGCCCCAGUGGCAACGGCAAUGGCAAUGCGGCGCACGAGAACAACGCAGACGAUGAUCACCUAAUAACGGACAUGGUGGUGCAAGUGCUUAGCCACUUCGUUCGCUAUUUGCCCAUCAUAUGCAUACUGCUGAUCAAGUUCGUGCACGACCACCUGCUGGGCAUCCUCGAUCUGCUGCUGCUGCAGACCAUCAUGUACAACAUUAAUCGUUCGGUGCGCAAUCAGGUCGCCCGUCUGGCGCAAAAGAACUAUGCGGUGCUGCURCGCGACAGCUGCACGUUGGUGGUGGUGGUUGGACUGCGUCUAUUCUUGGCCACAGCGCCACCAGAUCCUUUGGGCCUGCUGGUGCCGCCGCCCAGAAACUAUCAGAAUAUUGGCAUCUCCACUACGCACUACAACAUUGAGAGCAUCCACAGCAAUGGACUCGACGAUAGUCCAUCGACCACGUUCCAAUCGAGCGCCGAGACGCCAAAGAACUUGACCGACGAUGCAACAGCAUCGAAAGUCAUUCCGCUGGGCAUGUUGCUCUACUAUAUCGCCGUCAGCGACCUGCUGCUGAAGCUAAUCACCAUUCUCAUCAAGAUUCUUAUAACCAUGCUGCCCAUGCAUGUAAUCCGACUGAAAGUGCGCGCCCGUCUUUAUGUAUUGGUGGAAUACACAUCGCAGUUUUAUCGCGCAUUGGCCCCCAUCACACAAUGGUUCUUUUUCCUCUACGAGUCGUAUUCGGGACUGGAGGUUAUUUCGGGUGGCCUCUUCUCCUCCCUGUAUAUUGGGGCCAAGAUCUUUGAGCUGCUAGAACGUGGCAAAGCCCUCAAGAAAGCCGUCUCCACAUUUAGGCGCAAUAUUGACUCGGAGCGGCCGCCUACAAAGGACGAACUCGAUGCCGCUGGCUCUGUCUGUCCCAUUUGCCAUGACGUGUACACUGCACCAAUAAUACUGGAGUGCGGACAUAUAUUCUGUGAUGAGUGCGUCCAGACAUGGUUCAAACGCGAGCAAACCUGUCCAAUGUGUCGUGCCAAGGUCAGCGAUGAUCCUGCCUGGCAGGAUGGAGCCACAACGUUUUUCCAUCAGCUCUACUAAGUGCAGAACAAUUGAACUUUUUACCUAAUUAUUAUUCUGCUAUUCAUCUGU